AUGGUGAUUAUAUUUGAAAACAAGGUCUUUGAAGGAAAGAUUAUUGUUGAAAAACUUAAGACUGGUGUUAUAAGGGGUGACAAUGAUCCUGAUUUUGUUGAUGUUGCUCUGGACUUGGAUUCUGGUCUUGGGAUCUUUGAUGCCUUCUUUGCUAGUUUUUCCAUGAUCCUUGUCAGUGAGAUUGGUGAUGAGACAUUCAUAAUAGCAGCUCUGAUGGCAAUGCGUCACCCGAAGUCAAUUGUUUUGUCUGGUGCACUCAGUGCCUUGUUUGUUAUGACAAUACUGUCUACUGGACUUGGUAGAAUUGUGCCAAAUUUGAUAUCAAGGAAGCAUACUAACAGUGCAGCUACAGUUCUUUAUGCCUUUUUUGGGCUUCGGCUUCUCUAUAUUGCAUGGAGGUCGUCAGAUUCAAAAGCUUCCCAGAAAAAGGAAAUAGAGGAGGUUGAAGAAAAACUUGAAACUGGACAGGGGAAAGCAGCAGUCAGACGUUUCUUUUCCAGAUUUUGUACGCCUAUAUAUUUGGAGUCCUUUAUCUUGACCUUUCUAGCAGAGUGGGGAGACCGUAGCCAGAUAGCAACAAUUGCUCUAGCUACACACAAAAAUGCAAUUGGAGUUGCUGUCGGGGCUAUAAUAGGACACACUAUAUGUACUUCAGUGGCAGUGGUGGGUGGAAGUAUGCUUGCAUCCAGGAUCUCACAGCGGACAGUAGCUACGGUUGGGGGCCUUCUUUUCCUUGGGUUUUCCUUGUCAUCAUAUUUCUAUCCACCUCUAUAAUUCCCACUUCAUAGUUUAAGCUAAUUCAUUAGGGAUGGGUUUGCCCGAAUUGUGGGCUUAAAAGGAAAAACAAAUUUUUUCAACAGGUAUUUCACCUUAUUUUUGUGUAAAUGUAAACUGUAAACAUGCUGAAUAUUCGUAUGAAUCCGGAAACAUUGCUACAAAAGUGGCUGUAACUUUAUGCCUAUCUUUUAGAGAUAAGUGUGGAGCGAGAUAACAGUGAUACAUAAUAAAAAGUUAUAGCCUGUUUGGCCAA